CUCGUUCUUUUGUAGUGCUUUUUUACUUUUUACUUUUUUACUUUUAUUCCUUGUUUCAAAUUCCAGCUUGCAAAUAGUUGUAAAUUGACCAUGAGCGACCCCGCGGCACAGAACGAACUCAUUGAAAACUGGCUCAACAUCAACCCUGGCACAGAGAGCCAGGCUCGGUUUUACCUGGAGGCAAACAACUGGGACCUGAACGCGGCUCUGAGCAGCUUUUACGAACAGCCACCUCUGUCUGAAGGUCUUCCGCCUGCGCGCCAAGUGGAUGCUGCAUUGCCGCCCGACCCAAAUCCAGUGGCUGCCAGCGCCGGCUCACGUCUUUCCAACACAGCACCGGUGAUGUCAGCCGGCCCAAUUAACGCGGCAGCAGCGACGCCGCUGGCCUCAGUAACGCCCGCGACAUCAGUGCCACGCCGCCGCCAAGGGACUGGCGCGCGCAUUGCCACUCUCUCAUCACUGGCAAACCAGGACAACGACGACAACGAGUCCGAGGAAUGGUACGCUGGCGGUGAGCGCAGCGGCAUGGCCGUAAGGCCUCCCACAAAAGAUGCUGGCGAGGGCGAGAGCGGCUCGCUAGUCGACCGCAUUAUGCGCCGCGCCGCAGAGGGAAGUGCGGCGGCGGGCGACAAUGAUAGCUCAGAGGAUCUGACCAGCGAGAGCGCCCAGCCCAGAUACUUUUCCGGGUACGGGCGGGCUCUCGGAGCGCCGGGAGCUCCGAGCACUAGCAGCUCAGGCGAGUCGAUCCCUCCAACUGCGGCGCGCCCCAGCGACGCCAGCGGGAACGACGACACGGACGAAGUUGCCGUGCGCCAGCUGACCUUCUGGCGCAACGGCUUCAGCAUUGGCGACGGCCCCCUGCACAACAUUGAAGACCCGGUCAACCGGCAGAACCUCGAUGCCAUUCUGCAAGGGCGGGCGCCGCUGAGCAUCCUCAACAUCCGUCCCGGGCAAAAGGUUGAGAUGAAGGUUACCGACCGCCGCGGCGAAGAGUAUUCGCCGCCCGCGCAACCGCCUGCGCAGCCGUUUUCGGGCCAUGGCAAUCGCUUGGGUGGCGUCCCUCCUGCUGCCAUUGUGACUGCCGCCACGUCGGCAGCCUCUAAUGCUACCGGGCGGUCCAUCACGCUGGACCCUUCGCAGCGUACCGUCCAGGUCCAGAUCCGGCUUGCUGAUGGAUCGCGCCUGGUCGCCAAGGCAAAUCUCUCGCACACUGUCGGUGAUCUCAGGGGCUAUGUUCUGUCGCAGCGGCCCGAGGCUGGCAGCAGGCCGUUUGCGUUCAAGGCGAUUAUGCCGCCCAAGGUCCUCAGCGACGACUCGGUCACGAUCGAGCAGGCGGGGAUUGCCAACGCAGCCAUCGCUCAAUAUUUUGUGUAGACUGCAAUCAUGCUUGUUUCAUUACUUUAUGAGCGUAUUAAUGUGAAGUGGCUCUCAAACCGGAGUGGGAUGGAGUGU